AUGAAGUACAUUAUCACGCUCGCCCUCGCGGCCCUCGCCGCCGCCGGCCCCAUCGAACAGCGCCAGCGCGGUGGCCGUGUUGGCAGCACCGCUACCGAGUUCACUGACGGUGGCUGCAAGCCCAUUAUCAUGCUCUUCGCCCGCGGCUCGACCGAGACGGGCAACAUGGGCACCGUGUGUGGCCCGCCCACGGCCAACGGCGUCAAGGCCAACUUUGGCGCCGAUCAGGUUGCAGUUGAGGGGAUCGAAUACGCCGCUGCCCUGUCUACCAACUUUGGCAAUGGAGGCGCCGACCGUCGCGGUGUGGCCGAGAUGGAGCGCCUCAUCGCGCAGGCCAACACGGACUGUCCCGACUCGAUGCUCGUCGUCGGCGGCUAUAGCCAGGGCGCUGCCCUCACGCAUCGCGCCGUCGAGGACCUUCCGCAGGCGCAGAAGGACCAGAUCGUCGCCGCCUUUACUUUUGGCGACACCCAGAACGUCCAGGACAACCGCCAGAUUCCCAACUUCCCUCCUGAGAAGACCAAUAUCAUUUGCAACGCCGGCGACGCUGUCUGUGCCGGCACGCUGACGAUCCUGCCGGCUCACUUGGCCUACGGAGCGCGUGCCGACGAGCAAGUUGAAUUUAUCACUGCGAAGCUGCAGGCUGCCGGCGCCAAGCUCCGGAAGAGGGACUUGAUCAGAUGA